AUGUCAUGGGAGGAAGCAUUUACAAAGCAUGAUACAAAGGUUUUAAUAACCAGCGUAAUUAAGUACUGUUCUGGGAGGUUCGAAUCAAGACUUAAGAAACUUAAAGAUGAUACUAAAAAUAGUAAAAAUGAUCAAUAUAUUAAAUCCUUUCUAGAGUAUGCUUCAAAGUCAGUUAACAUUAAUGAUGGUAAAGCAAAUCCACUCAUCAAAUCACAAAAACUUCCAAGUUCAACAGAUAUCGCCUUCAAAAGUAAUUUCCUGUCAUAUGCUCUAAAAGAACUUGAUCGAACUAUACAAGAAGGAGUAGAUAAUAUCUCAGGAAGUUUAUUAUGGCUGGAAUCUGAUAGCGAUGAAAGUAGCAUGAAUUCUGAUCAAAUUAUGUUUGAUGAUAGUGAACAUGUAGCUAGAGUGCAAACUGCACUUCAAGGUGCUUUUGAGUUUAAUAUGUAA